AUGGUUAAAAGAAAGAGUUUGGAUGACAGUGACCAGGAAAACUGCCGGGGGAUCCCGUUUCCGAUCCAAACCUUCCUAUGGAGACAGACCAGCGCGUUUUUGCGGCCGAAGUUAGGGAAGCAGUAUGAAGCCUCCUGUGUGUCAUUUGAGCGGGUGCUGGUGGAGAACAAACUCCAUGGGCUCUCUCCGGCCCUCACUGAAGCCAUCCAGAGCAUCUCUCGCUGGGAGCUGGUCCAGGCUGCUCUGCCUCAUGUUCUCCACUGCACUGCCAUCCUUCUCUCGAACCGCAAUAAUCUGGGAGAUCAGGAUAAACUCGGGGUAGCUGAAACUAAACUCCUUCACACCCUACAAUGGAUGCUUCUGGAGGCAGCCCAGGAGUGCCACCAGGAGCCUGGCUUGGGACAGGGCUGGUCUGGGGGUAGCAGUGGUAACAAUAGUGCCUACCUUCAGCCCAUGGGAAACCAGGGUCUCACAGACCGCAAUGGCAUCACAACCGAAGAGAAUGAAUAUGCCCGUGCCAAACUUUACCAUAAGAACAUGGCCACUGUGGAGCUCUUUGUGUUUCUCUUUGCCCCCCUCAUUAAUCGGAUCAAGGAGUCUGACCUCACCUUUCGACUAGCUGGUGGACUUGUUAUUUGGCAGCCAAUGUGGGAGCACUGUCAUCCUGAUGUUCCAGCUUUUUCUGCCCUUGUCAAACCCAUGCGUAACAUUAUCACAGCAAAGAGGAAUUCUCUAGUGAAUAACCAGUGUAGUCCUCAUGAUUCCAGCAACCCAUGCCCUGCAGUGGUAUGUGAACCAGUCCGGCCAGACUCCUCCUCCCCCUCAGCGACAGGACAGAACUGUCGCCGCGGCAACUCUGUAGAGAAGGGAGGGUCCUCACAGCAGGCUUUUGAAAAAGGAUUUUCACAACCAAAGAAUUUCUCAGUCCCUGGUGGCAUCUCUGUAUCACGGCGAGCAAGAUAUGCCACCUAUUUUGAUGUUGCAGUGCUGCGUUGCUUGAUGCAGCCUCACUGGACAGAAGAAGGUGUGCACUGGUCCCUCAUAUACUACCUGCAACGGCUGCGUCAGAUACUGCAGGAGAAGCCUGAACGGCCCCCUGAGCCCCUGAUACCCCCCUUACCACGACCCCGGAGUAGUUCCAUGGUGGCUGCUACCCCUUCUUUGGUUAAUACUCACAAAACACAGGAUAUGACUCAAAAAUGUAAUGAGGAAAGCAGGUCUUUGAGCUCUGAGACCUUCUCCAAAGUGUCAUUUACCAACCUCAGGAGACAAGCAGUCCCUGACCUCUCAGCUGAGAUCGGCAUGAACAUAUUCAAAAAGUUUAAGAACCAUAGAGAAGACCGAGAGAGAAAAGGCUCUAUCCCAUUCCAUCAUACUGGAAAGAAACGGCUGCGUCGAAUGGGUGUACCUUUCCUGAUGCAUGAUGAUCACCUGGAUGUCUCACCCACACUUAGCACCUUCUCAUUUGGAAGCUUCUCUGGACUGGGAGAUGACCGUCGCACUCUGGACCGAGGGGGUUGCCCUUCCACUAUCAUAGGGAAGUUAACACACCAUGGAAGCUCAGAUAUUGCUGGAGAUGUGGACGGUCUUGGAGCUAAACAUUUUCACUCCCACCACAACUUGCCUGAACAUUCCAACUGUCACAGUGACAAUACCAUCAAAGAGGUUCAUUCCCAGAUCUCCACCAUCACCAUGGCUACAUUUAACACAACUGUGGCUUCCUUUAAUGUAGGUUACACAGAUUUCUUCACAGAGCACAUAAAGAAACUGUGUAACCCCAUUUCCAUCCCUGAGAUGCCAUGUGAGCCGCUGGCCUGCUCCAAACUUCCCCGAAGUCUGACAGACUCCUGCAUCAACUACACGUCGCUAGAGGAUCGAGACACCAUUGAGGGAACUAACAACUUCAUUCUGAAGAAUGGCAUGCUGGACCUCAUGGCUAUUCUGCAGGCCCUGUAUGCCGUACUUACCCAAGACAUCGGUUCUCGAUUUUGCGACGUGGCUCUCAACAUCAUUGAAUGCCUCCUGCAGCUGGGCGUUGUACCCAGUUUAAUUAAGAAAGCUUCCAAACCUGAGGAUAAAGAGGCGGAGCAUCCGAAGGAGGGAGCCAGUCAAAGUGUGGGUGGAGCUCAGGGGGAGGCUGCUGGAGGCACAGGAGCAGCACCUAAUGGAGGUGGUGGAGGAGAUGGAGGAGAUGGUGGAGGAGGCGGUGGAGAGAGUUAUUUCAUGCAUUUUUUAAAUCAUCAACAGGAUGGAGACACUUCAAUCAGCACUCAUAGGUUGGCUCUCACCAUGCUUAUUAAAAUUGUAAAAUCACUCGGCUGUAUGUACGGCUGUGGUGAAGGUCAUCGCGGGCACUCUGGAGACCGCCUUCGGAUGCAGGCGCAGAACUGUUUGACUACUCUGUACAAGCUGGAUAAAGUGCAGUUCCGUCAGACUAUGAAAGAAUACGUUAAUAAGGAUUCCCUCAACAACAUUGUGGAUUUCCUGCACGCCCUACUUGGCUUCUGCAUGGAGCCAAUCAUUGACAACAAGGCUGGCUUUGGGAACAACUUCACCACUGGAGGAGAUAAAUCUCUGGCCCAGAGCAUGGAGACUGUGGUGGUGGGCUGCAUGUUCAAGUCUCUCAUUACAAGAUGUUCCUCCACUACACAUGAGCUUCACAGUUCUGAGAACCUGGGUCUGUAUUGCGACAUACGUCAGCUGGUUCAGUUUAUUAAGGAGUCCCAUGGAAAUGUCUUCCGACGUGUGGCUCUCAGUGCACUUCUGGACAGCGCUGAAAAACUCAAUACCACUAAGAAAACAGAUGAAAAGGAGACCAAGCCAUCUUCAACAAAAAAGUACAUGCAUAAUAAUUCAAUACAUUUUGGAAUGCAUAAAUCAGAAACAUGCAUGGAUGGAGUUUGUAUGUAUCUGUAUCCGUGUUUCAGUGAAGAGCAAAUCCCAGGAGCACUUCUAGGGAGAAAGGACUUUUGGAGGAAGAUGUUCAAAUCUCCGAGUGCCGCCAGUGAUACAAGCAGUCAAUCAGAGCAGGAUACCUCAGAGUGCACCACUGCCCAUUCUGGUACUACCACAGACCGUCGUUCACGUUCACGUUCCCGUCGGAUUUCACUACGCAAAAAGCUCAAACUGCCCAUAGGAAACUGGCUGAAACGCUCCUCUCUAUCUGGUCUGGCUGAUGGGGUGGAUGACCUGCUGGACAUCAGCUCAGUGGACAGACUGUCCUUUAUCAGACAGAGCUCCAAGGUCAAGUUCACCAGUGCUGUGAAGCCGUCUGGUCGGAGGAACCCUUCCAAGCUUCACCACACAGAAGAGAAAGAUGGUUGCCAUGGAUUCCAGGAGCGCUUGACUGCCAGUCAGGAGGCCAUGAAGAAUAAGAACAUUGUGAAUCUAGGUGCAAUCAGACAGGGCAUGAAGAGAUUUCAGUUCCUGUUGAACUGCUGUGAGCCAGGAACUAUACCAGAUGCUUCCAUUUUAGCAGCAGCACUGGACCUGGAAGCGCCUGUGGUGGCAAGGGCCUCGCUUUUCCUGGAGUGUGCUCGUUUUGUACAUCGCUGUAACCGUGGUAACUGGCCAGAGUGGAUGAAAGGUCACCAUGUGAACAUCACUAAGAGGGGACUGUCCAGGGGACGAUCGCCGGUAGCAGGAAACAAAAGAAACACAAAGCUCCAGUGGAACGCAGCCAAACACUUUUACCAGUGGGGAGAUGCGAUAGGCACUCGGCUGAGUGAAAUUUGCCACUCAGACAGUGAGAGUCCAGCCAACAUCUUGGGUUUUAUUUAUGAUGAAGAGAGCAAGAGACGAUUGAAAAAGGAGGAUGAGGAGGAAGAUUAUCUGGAUGACAACACAGUCAACCCCACAAAGUGUGGAUGUCCUUUUGCCCUGAAGAUGGCUGCUUGUCAUCUGCUUCUAGAGAUCACCACUUUCCUGCGAGAGACCUUUCCCUGUCUCCCCAGACCCAGGACAGAGCCCCUUGUGGAUUUAGAGAGCUGUCGUUUGCAUCUGGACCCUAAGCUAGGCCGUCACCGCUAUGAGAGGAAGAUCAGCUUUGCAGGAAUCCUGGAUGAUGAAGAUGGGCAUGAUUCUCUGAAUAGCAGCAGCCACACCCUCAAGUCUGACACUGGCUGUGAGGAAAAGAAAUCAUCACAAGAGCCACUGGCUCCAAUUAGGAAGAUUCGUAUUGGUGGCUCUCGGUUGCUACAGAUUAAAGGAGCAAGGAGUUUCCGAGUAAAGAAAGGAGGCUCUUUGUCUUCUAUCCACCGAGCAGGGAGUCUGAAAAGCACUAAGACGUCCAGACAGGACUCUGAGUCAGAGAAUGACGCAGAGUCAGAACGGCUGCUCUCCCAGAGAAGAGAUACUGUCACUGAUAUAGGAAGUCCAUGGAGUGCUAGCGAGCCAAGCAUUGAACCUGAGGGUCCUGGCAGCACAGGGGGUGUGGAGGACAACUACCAUCGCAACAUGUCGUGGCUACAUAUCAUGAUUCUGUUGUGCAACCAGCAGAGUUUCAUCUGCACGCAUGUGGAUUAUUGCCACCCUCGCUGCUAUCAGCACCACAGCCGCUCAUGUGCUCGGCUCAUUCGUGCCAUCAAACUUCUAUACGGAGAGACAGUAGACAGUCUGGAAGAGAACAGCACCACCGGCAAUAUCAGUGGCCGUGCCAAGAAGAGCAAAGAGUGUUUAGACAAAUCCUGCCUCCGGACCCCAUCCAUGAAGAGACACCCCACUGACAGCAGUGCUGCGGGCAAAAAAGACACUGGCAUGUUAAAGUACAUCCGCAACCAGGUAAUGAGUCUAUCUCCAGCCCCUCUGUCCUUGCUUAUAAAAGCAGCCCCUAUCCUGACUGAGGACAUGUAUGGAGACAUUUUGCCUGCAGCAUGGGAGCUUCUACUGAGUGUGGAUGAACAUAUGGCUGCAGCUGCAGCUGCCCUGUUCCUGCUGUGCGCGGUGAAGGUGCCGGAUGGAGUAACCGAGAUGAUGAUGGCUGAGUUUCAGCACAAGGAAGCAUGUCAGAGAAUUAACUCCAUUUUGAAAUUCUACACUGUUUGGAGAUUCCGGUACCAAGUGUGGCCUCGGAUGGAGGAGGGGGCUCAACAGAUUUUUAAGAUUCCUCCACCCAGCAUUAACUUCACACUGCCCUCUCCUAUCCUGGGAAUGCCAUGUGUGCCUAUAUUUGACCCUCCAUGGGUUCCUGUUAAUGCAGGCACUGUUCCAGAUGCAAUCAGUGAAGAUCAGUCUAAAUCAUUCUCGGCACGUGCAGUAUCUCGCUCUCACCAACGGGCAGAGCACAUCCUGAAGAACAUGAAGCAGGAGGAGGAGAAGAGGAGGCUCGGUCGUGAGGCCAGCAUCAUCACUGCCAUCCCUGUCGCUCAGGAGGCCUGCUAUGAGCCCACAUGCAGUCCCCCACCCGAGCAGGAAGAGGAAGUAGAAGAUGUGGUGAACUUGACAUCACGUCGUCUGUCCGCCAGCUCCUCUUGUGCCUCCAGUAACUCCCACAGAAACUACUCCUUCCGCAAGGGCUCUGUGUGGUCAGUGCGGUCAGUGGACAGUGCUGAAGAUUAUGAGAACAUGACAGAACUCACACCAACACAUCACAUGCUGCAGCCACCCCAGUCUGUUUUCCCACCAUGCAUCUGCGCUGCUGUGUUGCCCAUUGUGCACCUGAUGGAAGAUGGAGGAGUUCGGGAAGAUGGAGUUGCAGUAUGUGCUGUUGCUCAGCAGGUCUUGUGGAACUGCCUGAUUGAAGAUCCAUCCUUGGUCCUUAGACAUUUCCUGGAGAAACUCACAGUCAGUAAUAGACAGGAUGAGUUGAUGUACAUGCUGAGGAAACUGCUUCUUAACAUUGGGGAUUUGCCUGCACAGACCUCGCACAUUCUUUUCAACUAUCUGGUGGGCUUGAUCAUGUACUUCGUAAGGACUCCCUGUGAGUGGGGCAUGGAUGCCAUAUCAGCCACGUUGACUUUUCUAUGGGAGGUGGUGGGUUUUGUCGAGGGGCUCUUUUUCAAAGACCUUAAGCAAACUAUGAAGAAAGAACAGUGUGAGGUCAAGCUUCUGGUUACUGCCUCCAUGCCAGGAACCAAAACCAUGGUGGUUCAUGGACAGAAUGAGUGUGACAUUCCCACCCAGUUACCAGUGCAUGAAGACACCCAGUUUGAGUCCCUUUUGAAGGAGUGUUUAGAAUUCUUCAAUAUACCAGAGGCUCGAUCUGCUAACUAUUUUUUGAUGGAUAAGCGUUGGAACCUUUUACACUAUGCCAAGACAUAUGUGCGAGACAUCUACCCUUUCAGAAGAUCAGUGUCUCCUCAACUCAACCUGGUUUAUAUGCUUCCAGAGAAGGGCCAGGAGCUCAUCCAGAAACAGGUGUUUUCUAGAAAGUUGGAAGAGAUUGGCCGAGUUCUGUUCAUCAUCUCACUUACCCAGCGCAUGCCUGCCAUGCACAAACAAUUCCAUGUCUCCAUGCUUCAGGAAGACCUUUUACGUCUGCCGUCAUUUCCUCGCUCUGCCAUUGAUGCUGAGUUCACACUCUUCAAUGAGCCUCUAGGCAAAGAGCUCUUUGGUUUGGACACUUUACACAAGGUCCUAUGGAUCAAACUGCUGGAGGAGAUGUUUCUGGGCAUGCCCAGUGAAUACCCUUGGGGUGAUGAGAUUAUGUUAUUUCUGAAUGUGUUUAAUGGUGCACUGCUCCUACACCCCGAGGACAGCGCCCUCCUCAGGCAAUACAGCGCCACUGCCAUCAACACAGCUGUACACUUCAACCACCUCUUCUCCCUCAGUGGCUAUCAAUGGAUCCUUCCUACUAUGCUCCAGACGUAUGCAGAUUAUGAGAGUAACCCACUGUUGCGUCAAGGGAUUGAAUUCUGCUGCAGGCAGUUCUAUAUCCUCCACCGCAAACCUUUCAUAAUGCAGCUCUUCGCUAGUGUGGCCCCACUGCUGGAGUUCACUACUCGCACUAGUACUGGUUUAUCAAAAGGCGUGUCAUCACAGUGCCUUUUUGACCUGCUGGUAUCUUUGGAGGGAGAGACUGCAGAUUCCCUGGAUGCUCUGGAGCUGGUGAAGGCUGAGAAACCUCUCCGCUCUCUGGAUUUUUGCUACGGUAAUGAGGACCUGGCAUUUUCAAUCAGUGAAGCCAUAAAGCUCUGUGUCACAGUGGUUGCUUAUGCCCCAGAAUCCUACCGCAGUCUGCAGAUGUUGAUGGUUCUUGAGGCUUUAGUUCCAUGUUACCUGCAGAAGAUGAAGAGUAACAUCCAGACUCUGGAGUCGGCGUCUGCAGCAAGGGAUGAGAUCACUGCCAUAGCUGCUCUGGCCACCUCUCUGCAGGCUCUGCUCUACAGCGUGGAGUCAUUGACACGACCUAUGACUGCACCUCAGAUGAGUCGAAAUGAUCAAGGCCACAAGGGAGCAACUACAGCCAACCACGCCAUGUCUGGAGGACCAAACACCAGUUAUUUGAAAGUGCUCUGAUUUGCCUCUUUCUGCAGGGAUAACCUGCACCUGCUGGAGGAGGGUCAGGGAAUAAUGAGGGAGGAACUGGACGAGCGUAUCACCCGUGAAGAGUUCCGUCGCCCCCGUGAGUCUCUGCUUAAAAUUUGUACAGAAUUCUACAAGCACUGUGGUCCUCGCCUCAAAAUCCUGCAGAAUGUGGCAGGAGAACCCAGAGUCACGGCUCUAGAACUGCUGGAUAUCAAAUCUCAUAUGAGAUUGGCAGAAAUCGCCCACUCCCUUCUCAAAUUGGCCCCGUAUGACACACUGACAAUGGAAAGCAGAGGACUGCGCCACUACAUCACAGAAAUGUUACCCAUCACUGAUUGGUCUGCAGAGGCAAUUCGUCCUGCCCUCAUCCUCAUUCUGAAGAGGCUGGACCGCAUGUUUAACAAGAUUCAUAAGAUGCCCACAAUCAGGCGGCAGGUGGAGUGGGAGGCAGCUAGCAGUCUGAUUGAAGGGAUUUGUUUGACACUUUAUCGGCAGCCAAUCAUUUCCUUCCUCCCUCACCUGCGAUCUCUAAUCAACGUCUGUGUCAACCUGGUAAUGGGAGUUGUAGGGCCAUCUAGUGUGGCAGAUGGACUUCCCUUGUUGCAUUUGAGUCCGUACCUGUCUCCUCCUCUUCCCUUCAGUACAGCAGUUGUUCGUUUGGUUGCCACACAGAUCCAGGCUUUAAAGGAUGAUUUUCCUCUCAGUCAUGUGAUCUCCCCCUUCACCAAUCAAGAGAGACGAGAGGGGAUGCUGCUUAACCUCUUGAUUCCAUUUGUAUUAACAGUGGGCUCAGGGAGUAAAGACAUCCCUAAUCUGGAGCAGCCGGAGGUAUUUCUACUUUUGCAGACAGUCAUUAACAUCCUGUUACCUCCAUGCAUUAUUAGCACUUCCCGCAGUAAGAACUUUGUACUGGAUACAUCCCCUGCCCACUGCUCCACCCCAGGGGACACUGGGAAAGACCAGCGUAGAGAGGGACUGGCUGAAUCCACCAGCCAAGCAGCUUAUCUUGCUCUGAAGGUGGUCUUAAUCUGCUUUGAGCGACAGUUGGGUAAUCAGUGGUACAAGCUGAGUCUACAGAUCAAGGAAAUGGCCCUGUGUAAAGUUGGUGGUCUGGCUUUCUGGGAUUUCAUUGACUUCAUUGUGCGCACAAGAAUUUCAAUCUUCAUUCUGUUGCGCCCCUUCAUACAGUGCAAGCUGUUAACCCAACCAGCUGAGUCUCAGGAGGAGAUCACGGCCCGUCACCAUAUUGCAGAACAACUAGAGCGUCGUUUCAUCCCACGGUCCCUCUGCAAGAGCUCUCUGUUUGCCGAGUUCAGCAACGAGCUCAAGAUCUUGAAAGAGGCUGUGCACAGUGGCUCCACAUACCAAGGAAAGACUUCCAUCAGCACCGUUGGCACGUCCAUCUCUGCAUACAGGUUGAGUCUGGCCACCAUGUCCCGCUCCAACACCGGUACAGGAACUGUCUGGGAGCAAGAGAGCCAACCCUCACGCCAGCCUCCACAGGACACACUCAGUCGGUGUACCGAUGAGGAAGAGGAGGAAAAUGACUCGAUUAGCAUCCCCAGCGUGGUAAGUGAGCACGAAGCUUUCCUCCCCAGACUCAUUUCGCAGCGGCGUUUCUCCAGUCACACCUCGGUGUCGGCUGCUGCUCAGCCUGAACCAGGCAUUAGCACCAUGCUGCCCAGUCACAGUGAACCCAAUGUUCUAGAUGAAUCCCAGGGGCUUCUGGAGGAGGGUAACCUGUCUAGGGUUACCAGCGUGCAGAGUGAACCAGGACAGCAGAAUCUGCUUAUCCAGCCACCACUCGGUCGUAAGAGAGGACUUAGGCAGCUACGGCGACCCCUGCUGUCUAUACAGAGGGCGCAGGAUGAGUCUUGUGGACGUCAAGGAGCCAGACUCUCAACAACCCGCAGGGGCAUUCAGCCUAAGAGUAAACCACUCGACAGGGCUGAAGGUGACCAAAAGAGGUCUGUCACUUUCACUGAGACCCAGCAGGAACCAGCUGGCAGAUCUCCCACAGCCACUCCCAGCCCCAGCAGUGGCCUACCAGGGCUCACAGAGGUUGGGAGGCUGAGCCAUUCUGCAGGAGGACACUCUCCUUGUGCCGCAUCAGAGUCCUCAUCACCUAGCAUCAAAACUGCCCAGCACAAACCAGCAUGGCCACAGUAUGAGAAUAAAGACAGGAAAGAUCACGGGAGUGUAAGAAGCAGUCUUUCUCCAACCCCCUCUGCUGCUUCAAGCUCCACUUCUAGAGCCUGCUCCCCUCUUCCUCCUCCCCUUCCCGUCCUAAGUACACCAUCCCGACUGGUCCCAACCCAGAUCAGAGAAAGUCCCGAGGAUGAGACCACUGGACUUCUGCAAAACACGGACACCUCCCUUAGUGUAGGAGAGGACCGUGGCACGGAGAACCCACUCCUGACCUCGCUGCUCACACCGCAUGCUCUCUCUCCACUCCCCUUGUCCCCUGUUGACCUGGAUCUAGAUGAGUCUCACGUUUGAGAAUGUCCAGCUUGAAUACUGUGCUAGUUUAACAGAAAGUGGGAAAAGAUAUCCUGUGAUAUUGUUUCCUGAAUAACUUUAACUUACAUUUGUUUGUGAACUCCUGCCCACAAGAGUUAAAGCAUUUUAAGCUAUCAUGGGACAUUCUCUGCAAUUAAUAGAUAUAUUUAUGAAGCACUGUGCAUAAUUCUACACAUAAAUGAAAGCUAAUUGUAAGUAUAGUAAUUCAGUCUUUAGUGAGAUAAAUUAUGUAAUUUUAAAUGGAACAUUCUGUGAAAAUUAUAUAAUGGCUACAAAAUCUCAGUAUUUAAUUGUAUAGAUGUAUUCUAA